GGGAGCUCUCUACCAACACAACAUCUAUUAUAACACAACCUUGGGUUUGUGACUUGAUAUUCACAAUGCCUGUUACUUGGAGUUUCUGCUGUUCUUUCUGUUUAUGUUCUCUUCUUCUGGGACUAAGGUUAUCUCCUGCACUUUCUGCACCUGACUUCUCUUCGUAUCUCCAGAGUAUCCUGAAGAACCACACGGCUCACGCUUGUGAAGGAGAAAUGUUCAGCAUCGAAUGCCCCUCCAGGACGUCUGUGGCCAUUCUCUCAGCCUUCUAUGGACGCCGUGUUCCUUACAAGCAUUUAUGCCCUGCUGCAAAUGCAAACAUCACUGAAGACGACGACACGGAGUGCAUAUCCUCUGUUGCCAUGGAGAAGGUGUUGUCAGAAUGUCAGGACCAGCAGUCAUGUCACCUCCAGGUUCUCAGUCCAGUGUUUGGACUGGACCCCUGUCCCCUCACCACCAAGUACCUCCUAGUGUACUACAAGUGCAGACCAGAGCAUCAUCGCAUCAGACUUGUGUGUGAAAAUGAGCGAAUGAGGCUGACGUGUAAAAAUGAGACUGUCCUCGCCAUCUACUCUGCCACGUUUGGACACCUGCUGCACGGCAGUCCAAACUGUCCUCAGGAACCAGGGCCUCAGACGGACAUGGAGUGUUUGUCACCCGUGGCUCUGAGGAGAGUGUCCCGCAGGUGUCAUGGCAGAGCAAACUGUUCAGUGCUGGCAGACACUAAAACCUUUGGGGACCCUUGCUUUCCUGGCACCCGCAAACACUUGCGGGUAUCCUUCACAUGUGUGCCUAAAUAUCUCCUUGAAGACGUUGGCCGAGGGUCGACGGAUCCUUUUAUGAUCUCGGAUUACACUCACGGUGGAUGGUACACUGGCCCCACCUACAGGCCUCAAAACAAACUGUUAACCGACUCUUUGGAGAUCUUUGAAAAAUUAUUGGAUCUACCUGAGCGGGUGGCUCUCUACUUCGUCUCUGGCAUUUGUGCAGGGCUCAUGUUCCUCCUCUGCCUGUUUUGUCUUCACUCCACACUCGUCAGAGAUGUUAAAGAUCUGGCUUCUGACCUUAAGCACGAACUGAAAGCGUCCCGUAGGAGACGCAAGGAGCUCAUGGACAACCUGUUUGAUGACGAAAUCUCUGACACGUCAUCCUUCCGUCGCCUCACAAAGUCCUACCGGGCGGCAGACAUCUUCAGCCUGUCAGCAGUAACUGCAGAACCCGUAGAACGUCAGGCUGAGAGAAACUUGGAAAAUGGGGACAUCUGGCCACACCUGGACUCCAGCCCCUAUGCCAUUCAUAUGAUCACAUCCUAUAACAACUAAGUCAGUGUUUGGCCUCUGCUUUGAAAUGCUUCUUUAAAGUUUAACCUUAAAUGAGCUUAGUUAAUGCUGACAUGAUUCUGCAAGACUUGAGAGCUACUGUAAGAACUAAGUCUAGAACCUAAAGCUAGUGAGGUGAUUAAUGCCAGAUGGACUUGGCUGAUGCGCAAAGCGCCAAAAUAAAAAGCAAAAUGUAUAAUAGACAUCAAAGAUGACAUAGCAACACCUAAAGGCCAAAUUGCUUACAAUGGCUCCUACACCUACUUCCAGCAUGCCAGCUGUGCCGAGUUCAUCUGACCCCCAGGACAACUCCUUUGGUUGCUGUGACUGCUCUGGUUUCUUCCCCAGGCAAUGGCUGCUGGCCCCUGGACUCAGGAACUCAAGAUACUGGAGCUGCAAACCUGACGCAUGGUGGAUCUCGCAGCCUAUUGAACGAUCAAACAGCGCCCCCACACUGCACGUUGGGGGCACUAACAAAUACAAAAGGUUUAUUAGUGGUGCCAAGAGACAGCUGUGCACAGAGUAGGCCCUCAGAAUAAGAAAUGCUAUGAUUGACUCUGCUUGCUUUCUUUAUAACAGUCUUUAUUAAAAAUCAUAGUCAUAAUUAAAAAGAAAAUAUUAGUAAAAACAGCUGAACUCACCUGACCCAUUCUAAAAAUUGUGCUCGCUUUUUAAAUGGGUCUCAAUUGUGUUGAAGGGUUAAAUUUAAAGCAUAUAUGAUCAUAAAAAUACAUAAAUAUCCAAACUGAUUUAAACCAGUUCCUGGUUUAAAUGCACAUACAAUAUAUUCUUCUUCCUUCCUUUGUAGAGAGGCUCAGACCUUAAAAUCUGUUAGAUUGAUCUGAUGGGAUGAGUGCUGUAAAGGUUGACCUGCUUCAUUUUUUGGUGGUUUUGAAAGGAGUUGGCUUUACCGGGCUCUAAUAUGUGGCACAUUUAGAGGUUUUGCAUGUCAGCAACAUUUUGCUGUAAAACUUUGUCAACGGUCAAUGAAGGAAAAUAAAAAAUGUGCCUUUUACCCGUUACAGGAAACAAACUCUAACAUGUAAGAUUUAUGCAGGUUGAUCAAAAUGGGUCAAACAACCGUUUUGAACAAAUCCUUCUGGGAAUUAAAGUUUGAUAAAUAUAAAAGACAUCUGUGAGGCAGUUUUUGUGAGGCAUCAGUUCUGUACAAAAUGAUUAACAUUGUGGGCUGCUUCAGAUUGAAUUUAAAGCAAUCUGAGCUGAGUAGUUUGUUUCCUAUCACUGUGUUGAGAUCACAUUUGUUCUAAAGUAAUUUGUUCUAAAGAAAUGAUAACAUAACUGUACACUACUAAACUGUAUGUAAAAUAAAUUGAGUACAAACAUAUUUAAUAUGUACUGAAGUGUAGAAGCGUCUUGCAUUCUAUUAAAAAAACAAGUGAU